AUGGCCGAUAAGUUUGUGACGGCGCAUGUCGGGGCUAAGAAAGAUGAAACAAGAGUAAACGACAUCUUCGCCAUUAAGCAAUACCUAGGAGAUGGACUAAGGGACUUCCUUGACCGAUUCACCAGGGUAAGGAUCACCUUACCAAACAUAUCCGAAAGGAUAGCGGUCACAACCUUUCAAAACGGGCUGAGCAGAGAGGGUUCAAGAGCGACCAGAAAGCUGUUGAGUCGGUUGAUGAAGUACCCUCCAACUACUCGGGACGAAAUCCAUAAUGCCUAUUGUGCCGAAGUCGAGGCUGAUAAUGGCGACCUCAAUAGAACAACUCGACGGCUCAUCUCGGUACAAGCCGAACCCAGGAAAGAACGAAAAGUCUACGCCCUGGAGAAACUCGGAACGAAUGUGAAGUGGCUUCCGAAAAUGAGGUCCGACCCAAGUACCAGAAAAUCCGACACCUUCUACGAAUUCCACCAGGAACGCGACCAUAAAAUAGAAGAAUGCAUCGCCAUAAGGCAAGAGGUAGUGAACAAGUUGCAGCAAGGGCACCUCAAAGAGCUACUGAGCGACAAGGGAAGGAACAUCUUCGCCCGGGGUCGAGAACGUCAAGGUCCGCUGAAGCCGCCCUUACUGUCCCGCACCAUGUAUAUGAUUAUUAGCGUUGAUAAUGAUUCCUCCAUCAACGGUAUCAAGUUCACUGCCACUCACAAGCUCAACAGAUCGAUCACCCAUAAACGGUAUGACAGACUUGAAGAAAGUAUCAUCUUCGAUGAGUCAGAUACCGAUGGUUUGACUUUCCCUCACAAUGAUGCUUUUGUCAUUACUUUACGAAUUUCAGAUACUGAUUUUAAAUGUAUCAUGGUAAAUGAUGGGAGCGGCGCGUGA